GACCGUGUCAUCGAUUUCCGCGUUUGGUCAUAAACACGCGACUUGUGUUCCUAACAUGACGGAUAAGGGAGUGAAGCACGCGCUGGAGCUGGUCCAGGCAGAGGGUGCUGAUGAGGGUUGUGUGACAUUUGUUCUCCAUGAAGAGGAUCACACACUGGGCAACUCACUUCGUUAUAUGAUCAUGAAAAGCCAGGAUGUGGAGUUCUGUGGAUACAGCAUCACACACCCAUCAGAAAGCAAAAUUAACUUCCGGAUACAGACGCGAGGAGGACUUCCUGCAUCUGAACCUCUGCGCUGUGGCUUAAACAACCUUACUGAAGUUUGUAAACAUGUCCUGUACACAUUUGAGGCACGGAUGAACACUUUUAAGAAUGGAGAAGAAUCGAUGGAGUAAAGCCGACAUCAACACUCGAUACACUACUCUGAUGAUCUCAACUGGACUAGAAUUAACAAGGAUAUUAACUUUAUAUUGAUGGAGUACUUAGAAGUCCUUUGUUGUAGAACAACAAUCCAGCCCUGUUUCCCACAGUUAUUCUUGUUUUUGUAGAAAAAUAUCUUUUGGUACAGUAUAAUCAUCUCUGCAAGUGAUCCAUCACCCUUAGGCAUUUUUUUUUAAUAAAGUUUAAACAUGCAGAAUAUGCUAAACCACAAAACGAAUUUAAGUGAUUGUUAUAUCCGGUUCUCUUUCAUUUGCAAAUUGAAUUUAUAUUGAGACUAAUCUGAAUAGUAAAAUAUUCAUUUUGAUUUA